AUGUUCGUCCCCAAAGCUACAGCGCGCAACCCUCGGAGACGCCAACGAACGGGCUCCGACGACUCUGUCAAACCACCCAAGGCAAAGCGGCAGCGCUCUGUUCUACGCCAGACGGAGGGCUCGCCUCCGGAUGUCAGCUUGAGCCGUGACCAUGGACACGAACUGGCAGCGCCCGCGCGGCCGAACGAUCACGACGACGUGACUGGGGAUCGGAUGGCAGCCGAGUCACAUCUGCCGAUUCGAAACACAAAGCCAAGCGAAGGCCUUGCCCAUGAUAUUGAGGGAACGGUGGUCCUUUCAAGCACAGAUCAUUACACGGUGGAUCAACUACCGGCCUUACCAGACCAAAUCCGAGGCUCCCAAACAGAGCCCUUGAAAUGCUUCUUCGGAGCUGGCCACGAUCAUGCGCUGGCCUUGACGCGCUCACAUGCCAUUGUAUGGCCUUACUCUGUUCCCGCUUCCUCGCCGUCCCCUUCGGAAACGUUCACAAUACCGAUUCCCGAGUCAUGCAGGGAUCCGAAUGGUCCAGCUCCACUCGGUGUUUUGCUAUCUACUGCCACAGGAGAACAUCCUGGUCUGCUGGUUGUCAUACCGUCGACUGGUAAACUCGUAUACUGGGAGACUGUGUCUAGCGCCGCGUCGCUGGGGCUGUCUCGGCAGAGGCAGAGUGGAAUCCAAGGGUCUAUCCCUGGUUUACUCUCCGGUGAAUACGUAACGGAGAUAAUGAAUGGCGAGCCUUCUGGCAUCAUCGUCGCACUCUCAUCUGGGCGCACAGCACACAUCACAUUGAGGGACUCUCAAGGGAGACCUUCCGUGCUCGUCAAUUUUUUCAAGAGCACUGCAGGCGCCAGUGUUGGUGGUAUUUUUGGGGGGAUCAAGAAUGCCCUUGGGGGGGGUUACUGGAGAAAAGAAGUCGCUGCCGUACGGGCGGGCGGAUCCCAUCAGCGAGGUCAACGAGAUGUGAUCAUUGCAACAUCCACUGGUCUCGUUGAGAUAUGGGAUGCCCACUGGAACCAUGGGAAUGCGCUCAAGAAGCGUUAUGAUGCUAGAGAUGACAUUGCGGCUGCCAUUCCCCGAGACGAUGAGAAGACAACGACCGAGUCAGAUCUCAAAGUUAUGGAUUUUGCAUACCCUACCCAGCACGGGUCUGUCGAGUCCUCGGCCUCGGAAGAUUCGUGGAGGUUAUUCAUGGUCGUUGGCUCAUCCCAGUGGUUGGAAUAUAAAAAGUUGUUCGUGAUCCAGCUCCAACUGUCCGGGAGCGACUCUCGUGUCUUGUCGACAUAUCCCGUGGAUCUGCGCAGCUUUCCAGCCAUCCAGGCGGACUCGAAGCCCAGGAUUUUCGUUCCAAAACCCGAGGAUACAGCUUUCAUUCUCCUUGAGCAGUCUCUUAUUAUCCUUUCGCUGACGGGUGUUGAGGAAACACCAAGCUCGCAACUCCUCCUUGACUCCAAGAAAUUGCCGCUGCCUUUUCAGGAUACCAUCCAUUUGCGAUCGGGCAAAGAAUAUGAAAUACUGGGCUGUGACUCGGAGGAGCGACCAGACAAUACCACUUGCGCAACAUGCGUAUUGAUGGUCCGAAACUUUGGGGUUAUCCGGGUGACUGUGUUUCCCCAGCAAGGCGCAGAAAGUGAGGUGGAGGAAGCCCAGAUUACUUCCAAACACAAGCUCGAACAGGCGAUUUUCUUUGGUACUAUGGCAAAGAACCCGUUGAAUCUCGGAGGCCCGGGUGGUUUAGAUUUUCCCGCGCUGGAGAUCGAGCAAGCGGCCUUGGAGAUCUGUAAUGAGUUACUUCGAUCGGAUACGCGAUUUAUCCCCACCACUGCGAUCUCCCUUGAUCAGAAUUUGCGAUUGCGAGCAAAAGCGCUGGAUGAUCUCGCGUCCUUGCUGUCGCGCAACGGCAACCCAUUAAGUCGACCGGCAAGAUGGGAGUUGCUAUGGGGCGCAGAGAAGCUUGCAGCACAGAGAGCCAUGUGGAAAGUUGAAGAGUCGUUCAAAACCAAGACUGAGACUCUUUUUCUUGGUCAUGUCAUAGAGUCGAUGAGCGACAAGUUCAAAACGCGAACUGACGCGGACCACAGAGGAACAGACCCAGUGCGUCAAUGGUUCCUGAUAGAUUCCUAUCAUAUGGAACAUAUCAUUCCGUGGAUCAAGAACGCAAUCAAGCCCCGUCGGGGCAAUUCUUCCAAACAAGCGCGGAAGCUGUCCGAGCAGAUACUGGAAGCUAGUGAGCUCUUCCUGGCAGUCAUGGAAACUGCUUUUCGAUAUCGCGACGAACACGCUGCUUUGUAUGGAUUGAGCGCAGAAUUUAUGGAAGAUGGUGUUCUCGCCGAUGGCUAUGAAGACCUACCCGAGUUCUGGACGUCCAGGGGAAUGGGAUACACCGAAACAGGGCAUCUUCUGGAUUGGGAGCUGGACAGCUGCCGGGCUUGGAUUCAGCAACGAACGUCCACCGCAGAUGCGCCUGACAGCCAAGUUCUGAACAAGAUUGCGGAAAACAGCGCCCGGCACCUCCGCAUUCUGGGUCAGAUGCACCAAGAGCGAACCCGCUGGCUUUCUGCGCAAGGAAGUCCCAAGCUGGUAGAUGAAAGUGCUUCGAUUGAGCAGGCGCAUGUCAAAGAGCGGAAAUGGCAACUUUUUAAGCUUGCGGGUAUUGGGCAUCUCCACGAUGCUCUUAGUCUGGCAGAGAAGUUCCGAGAUAUGGGAGCUCUAGUCGAGCUCGUCAUUGAGCUUCAAGAUCAAGUCAAAGGCCAACCGAACCAGGAAUCACUGGAGGCUUCCCCCUGCAUCAGUGGUGGCGAUGCAGACGUCGGGCACCGGAUCUCACAGUAUUUUGAAAAGUUCGGUGAACCGUGGGCAGAUGCCUAUUUCUCACGACAGAUAUCGAUGGGGCAUUCAGCAGCACUGCUUUCAUUGCGGAAGUAUCAAUCUUCGGUGACUCGGUUCCUGCGAAAGAAUCCCAUAUAUUCCCGGCUGAGCUGGAUCAAUGACGUGAUGGGUGAGGCCGACUACGAUACCGCUGCGGUCUCUUUGGAAAACUUGGCACUGGGCAGUGAAACAAAGCUAUGGAGCCAUCAGGUGCAAAUCUCGCUGGCGAAGCUAAGCGAAUUGGCAUCAUGGGAGAAGGGGCACUUGAAAGGCCAUCCUUCUUCCUUGGAGGGUGUUCAACGUCUCGAUGAUUUUGCCAAGAUCGAUGCGAUCCAGGAAACUCUCUACCGCCAGAUUGAACCCUUUAUAGAGGGCGCAAUUGACCGCAAAGCUGAAGUUGAGCUUGCGCUUGAGUAUUUCGGAGCACAGCUUUCCGAGGAUCGGCCCUCGCUUCAUGAGAUCCUUAAUGGAGCACUUGGCGUCUUGGUCAACCAGCAGGUCAUGAGUACUGAUGACUUGAUUGAUGUGUUGACGCUGAUGAUUCCUAAUCAGUCGGAGGAUCGGAGUUACGAGUCUUCAGACGACGAAUUUCACCAAGCGCUUCGGGUUCUCGAUUAUGGCCACUAUGCCCAGCGAGAUCCAGCUUACCUUGCAGUGUUGCGAAAGCUCAUAUGGCGACGGUGCAUGAUCAAGGAUGAUUGGGAGGCUCAUGGGAAAAGUGCAGAAGAAUACAACGGAGAUUCGGACUUCCUUGCUCGCAACACAGCUCUAAGCGGUGCUUUGAAUUCGUGCAUUGGUGAGUGGGUCCCGCGAUCAUCUACGGGAAGGUCUAACGUUGUCUCAUGGCAAAUAGGAUCCGGUUCACCGUCUUUCUACGCACCUCUUUCUCCGGCCGAGGCGUUGAUGGCUGAUUCUGAAUCUGAUAUUCUGGCAUCGCGCUUUCGGCCUGAGCAAAGAGCUCGGGUAGUCCUUGAUCUCAAGAGAGAAGAUGCGAUUCUGCGCCGAUACAUCGAGGCGGGAAAACUUGAUUUCUGGUUUCAAAAUCUUCUGGCGGUGGCAGGGGCUCAAUAG